CUUUGUCGAGUGGCUGUGUGCGAGGCUGGGGUGGGGCAGGCCGGACCGGUUUCGGGUGGCGCUCAAAGGCGAGCCGAGGGUCGCUCCUGGCUGCAGAGACUCGCACCCACAGCCCGGGCGAGACGCUGCCUCACUCACAGGCCGUGGGCCCAUGUCCACCUCCGCCGCGGGCUGACUCGCCAGCUCGUCCUAUGACCGCCGCCCUCCCCGUGACCCACCACGACGGCAUGGGAAGGUGGCUGCUUUGGGAAGGCAAGCCACCCAGACUCAAGAAUCUGAGCGUCAGCCAGUGGGGACGGGAGGAGCCCACGAGCGUUGCGCUCUCUGCUGAACGGCGCGGCCUAAGGAAGCUCCAGACCCAUUUCACCUCUUCCACCAAAAGCCGCCACCACCCCUCGGCGACCCCGCAGGCACCCGCGGCCAGGGACCACCACCACCACCACCUCCACCCGCCACGGCCACGCUCAACCCCCGCGGGCGGGGCGAUGGGCGAGCCGGCGGGCACGGGGGCGGCGGCGGCGCCGGAGCGCCGUCCGCCCACGGUGCUGGAGUUCUGGAGGGGCAGCGUGACGGACUUCUACGACUCGUACGAGGAGAUGUUCGAGUUCUUCUGCGACAACACCACCAUCCACGGCGCCAUCCGCCUCGUGUGCUCCAAGCGCAACAAGCUCAAGACGGCCUUCUGGUCGCUGCUCUUCAUCGUCACCGUCAUCCUCUUCUACUACACGAGCGCCCUCGUCUUCCUGCAGUACUACAGCUACACGGUGGCCGUCACCAUGGGCCUCAUGUUCCAGCAGAGCACCUUCCCCGCCAUCACCGUCUGCAGCCUCAACCCCUACCGGUACGAGGCAGUGCAAAGCUCCCUGCGCGAGCUCGACUCGAUGACGGGGCAGGCGCUGCACCGGCUCUACGGCUACCAGCCGCCCGCCACGCAGUCUGCGGGCACUGCCGCCGCCCCGGGCAUCCGGCUUGACACCGGCGUCGUCCUGGAGAGGACCGGGCCGGACACCGUCGGCUUCAAGCUGUGCAACGCAACGGGCGGCGACUGCUUCUACCAGUCGUACGGCUCGGGCGUGCAGGCGGUGACCGAGUGGUACACCUUCCAGUACGUCAACAUCAUGAGCCAGGUGCCCUCCUACAUCAAGCAGUCUGACGACGCCAACAUCGGGGACUUCAUCUUCUCCUGCAUGUUCAGCGGGAUGCCCUGCAGCGACAGUGAAUACAGCCGCUUCCACCACCCGACUUACGGCAACUGCUACACGUUCAACAGCGCCAACUCGUCCAAACUGUGGCAAGCCUCCAAACCGGGCCGAGACUACGGCCUGUCGCUGAUCCUGCGCACGGAGCAGAACGACUACAUCCCCUUCCUAUCCACGGUGGCGGGCGCCCGCAUCAUGGUGCACGACCAGGAGUCGCCGCCCUUCAUGGAGGAGGGCGGCUUCGACAUGCGCCCCGGCAUCGAGACCUCGCUCGGCAUCCGCAUGUUGGAGGCGACUCGGAUGCCCGACCCGUACGGGAACUGCACGGAGGACGGCAGCGACGUUCCCGUGUUGAACCUCUACUCCUCCGCCUACACCGUGCAGGCGUGCGUGCGCUCCUGCUUCCAGCUAGCGCUGGUGGAGAUGUGUGGCUGUGGUCACUACUUCUACCCCCUCCCUCCCAACGCCGCCUACUGCAGCUACAAUAACACGGCGUGGGGACACUGCUACUACAAACUCUACCGACGAUUCAUCUCCGACGAGCUCGGCUGCGUUGACAAAUGUGCACAGCCGUGCACUACGAAGCGCUUUGCCGUGACCCCAGGAUACGCCACCUGGCCUGACAGCAGCUCCGAGAAAUGGAUCUUCAACCUCCUCUCCUUGCAGAAUAAUUACUCCGUCACCACUGUGAGGAACGACGUGGCCAAGCUGAACGUUUACUUCCGGGAGCUCAACAUGAAGACGAUCAGCGAGUCGGCCGCCACCAACGUCAUCUGGCUGCUGUCAAACAUCGGCAGCCAGUGGAGCUUGUGGUUCGGCUCCUCGGUGCUGUCGUGGCUCGAGGUGGGGGAGCUCGGCAUCGACUGCUGUAUCAUGGUCUUCGUCUUGGCCUACCGCCGGCGCCGGUCGUGCGCCGAGCGCCGAAGGGCUCGCGGCACGGGCAACGAUGGUGGCGGCGGCGUCGCGGAACCGUCGCGAGCGGGCGGCGCCUUGGCGGGCGGCGCUCGGCAGGCGCACGGGCGAGGCUGGGUCUCGACGUCGAUCGAAGACUCCGAGGCGGCGCCGCCGCCGCCCAGCUUCCGCGAGGCGCUGGGCUGCGCCAACGCGGCCUACGACGGCGCGAACGACGGCGCGAACGACGGCGCGAACGACGGCGCCGACGACGGCCACGACGGCGAUGGCGGCGGCGUCGCCAUCGGGGGCCCCACGGAGCGGCCCCCCCCGUGGCGACGCGGCUCGCUGACGCGCAACGCCUGCUCGUUCUGCGUCGUUGCCGACAUCAGCUGCCCUCCCGCGGCGGCCGCGAAGCCGGUGGUCGGGGCCUCCCGCGAGGACGCCGCCGCCGCCCCGGAGGCCCUGCCGCCGGACUACGGCUCCCUGCGGCGCGUGCCCGAGGGGUACGUCGCCGUGAGCUCCGACCCCGGCGGGCCGCCCCGCAGGGGGGCCGGCGCGCCGCUGCUCUCUCCGCGCGUCUCGGCGCUGGCGGCGAGCGGCAAGGAGGUUCUUCGGCGCCGCUCGGCGUCGCUCAACGUCGUGUCCUUCGCCAUCGAGGAGGCCUGAGGGGGCCACGUGACACCGGGCCCCCCCCCUUCCCCCCCAGGUCUCCGAAGGGGUCGGGGGGGCCGCGUUGCGACGUCGUGCCACCCAAGGGUUGAUCGCCGUGCGACGCGGUGAAACGUGCCGAUUCGGGGUUCCAUUUGACAAAAGCCGAUUCAAAUAAAUGAACAAAUAAAUGUUGCCGCGGGUAGUGCUCCCAAUCGUGUUCCCGUAUCAGCGGAGUUCACGCAACCCGGUCACACGACGUACGGUAACGUCACCGGAUAAUCGAUUCAAAUCUAUCCCCACGCUCGCCACGCUUGCGUCGAAUCGUUUUGCGUGAACGUCGAUCAUUUUUGAUUCGUACGUUUCUGCAGAUUAUACCUCCUGUAGUCUUCUGACAUAUUUUACCAUCUCCACGCAAGGCAGGGGGCGUCUUGUUCGUGAAUUCAGCUGUGACCCCGAAUCGAGACGCUAAAUUGUGUCACCGGUGGCUCCUGCUCGGAGCCGCGACGCGUUUCCCGCACGAGAUAUUCUCAAAUAAUGUCGAUGUCCUAAUCAAGCACGCUAAUUAAAUAACGGGUUCAAUCGGCGAGCUUAAUUAAUCAAUAUUUCUUGCAAUAUCAGUGAGAGUGAUGCUCACUUUAUUGUAAAUGCAUAAUUUUCAAUAUCAUUUUACGAAAGAAAUUGUGUAAUGCAAGCUACCUGUUGUGCUUUUAAAUUGUAUUUACCGCUCUAUGUAAAUCAGCUCGCGUCUCCUGUAAAUCACGUGACGCCUGCGUGGGCGCCCCCACUCUGAACUCCGCCCCUCUUCCCGCCCACUGUGAGAACGGACUCCUCUCCGUGCAGCGGCAGCAGCGUCGGGACCCUGAUGCAGCUUCUUCCUCUCCAUCCUCGUCUCUCCUGACCCUUCACUCCCGUUCCUCCUUCGCUCCUUCCCCAUCCGUUUCCUCUCUCCCACUCCCCUUUCUUUCUCUUCUCUCUUCCCUCUCCUGUUCCUUUCUCUGUUUCCAUCCAUUACAUCCCUGACUCCACUCCCUUCCUGCGAUGUAACCACAGUGAAAAAAGUUGCUCGUGGGUUCCAAUUCAUCAUCCUAACGUUUUGUGAAACUCGAGUGUUUCAGCAUGACAUUGCCAGCCCAGACGGGGUGUUGUAGAACCCGAUUUCCCCGAUUUAACCAAAAACAGACGGCACCGGGUGAGAACAUCGCGGCGAUGAAACGCGCUGCGUGGCGCCAAGGUGGCGUGCGUGCGGACGUGCCGACGAUCAACGUCGAUCCUUUUGCUCCCGAUCCGUCACGUAAAACAACAUGCCACGUGAAACUGCGCCCCGUUAAAAAAACGAUUCGCGUGACACGGAGGCGCGCGCGCAACUCGCCGAGCCCGCACGUAGGCGCCAGCAGGAAGGGGCGACGGAGAAUGGAACGAGGGAGGGGCGUACGAGGCAAAUUAAGACCGCGCCGUCAUGGAAUUGCGGGAUUGACUUUCGAAAUUGCUCGCGACUAACGACCGUGACGGUUCACUGAAUCGUGGGCAGGUCGAGUGGCCGGUCGGCCCGGCCCGCUCGCCGAUCAUGCGACGUAAACUCUCGCGGGUUCGAGCCGCGCUUCGUGCUGCGACGAACGGAACGCCGCCGAUCGGCGCGCGGGGUGGCGGGUGUGGGGGCACGCGGUGGGGAUGAUCGCCCGCAGGAGGAUCGGACGCGAUGUGGUGUAGUCGGCACGCGAGGAGGCAGAGUUCUGAGCGGAGCCGACCCCAUUGAGCGAGCGGUGGGGGGGAGGGAGGGGAUUUUGGUGGCGGUUGGCGAGAGCCCCGUUUUGAAUGUUGACGAUUGCUUCUCGAGGCCGUUGUUGUUGCCUGCGAGCGACGUUGAACUGUGACCAGUGGAGCGACAUUUCAUUUAAACAUUUCGGAGCCCGAGUGGCACAGUUCCACUGCUGAAGGCAAGUUGCAGUCCUUGACGUGGUGGUGGUGGUGCAGAGACUCGGGGCUGCUGCUACUGCUGUGCAACAUUUCUGUGGUCCACACAAACUCACUGUGAAAUUAGAGAUGGUCCACACACACUCACUGUGAGAUUAGAGAUGGUGCACACACACACUGUGAGAUUAGAGAUGGUGCACACACACAAACUCACUGUGAAAUUAGAGAUGGUCCACACACACACUCACUGUGAGAUUAGAGAUGGUGCACACUCACUGUGAGAUUAUAGAUGGUCCACACACACACUCACUGUGAGAUUAGAGAUGGUGCACACUCACUGUGAGAUUAGAGAUGGUGCACACACACACACACUGUGAGAUUAGAGAUGGUGCACACACACACACACUGUGAGAUUAGAGAUGGUGCACACACACACACACUGUGAGAUUAGAGAUGGUGCACACACACACACUGUGAGUUUAGAGAUGGUGCACACACUCACUGUGAGAUUAGAGAUGGUGCACACACACACACUCACUGUGAGAUUAGAGAUGGUGCACACACACACACUGUGAGUUUAGAAACGACAGCAAUACGGGGGGAAAUGGUCUUUAAUCAAAUUCUGUGCGGAAUAUAGAAUCAAUCAAACACGCCCGCGACAAUUACAGCCGUAGAUGAAAACCCCAAAGACGCUCGAUUAGUAACUAAUUUUCCCUCCAUCCAGAUUUCAGCCUUUGACAUUUCACGACGCCGUUCUUCGUUCAUUGCCCCCACGAUGUUGCGGACGCCGCGUUUCUGCAAUGUAUCCGGAAUUGCGUAGCAUGGGAGCGUUUAAUCCGUGGUGAUAAAAUCUUUAACUCUUUUUAAAAAAUCGUGACGACAGAAUGCGUACGGAGUGAUUCGCGACGGGUCCUGCUGUACUCCGAGCAGCUUUAGAUUGGUGACGGCCACGCUGUUCCAACUCGUGUGUCGUGCCUUGGCCAACCCCACAUCGUGACCUUGACUACAGGGGAGGGAGUGGGGGGGGUCACCACGCGGUCAAAGUUAAACAAAUUCUAAGCAAAAUGUUACACUUCUAGAUUUGAAGCUUUGAAAUGUGACACGCCAUGAGUGAUGAGGCGUGCCGCGAGUGUUGACCGUGCGACCUGCCCUCGCCCCGUGACUGCCUGCAACGCCCGUCACCCAACACGUGGCAUUGCUGCCCAUCAUUCUUUGAUAACUUUGAUAACUGGUCUGUGCCUUCGCUAACAGCACUUGCCCCAACAGUCUGUUGAGGCUAUGCCGGGGGGAUCUUUGUCUUUGUCGUGGUGGGGGUCGGGCGAUGGAGGGUGACGCGAGGGUUGUGGCGGAGCAGUGCCCGGCGAGACGAUCACAGACGAAGAGGAGGAGCGCGGUCGACGAUGUCAACCGACGGGAGAAUCGACACGGGGUGUAAUCCUUGAUUUUAUACUUAGAGAUUGGUGCUCGGGGAUAAUGGUCAUAAUAAAAUAUUGGCAGCGUUAUUCCGAG